AUGUUGCUUUCUGUAUUUGCGAAGCAGUUGCCAGUUAUCAGUGCUCUUAUUACAUGCGCAGCCUGCCAUGGGUUUGUGCAGUUCAUCGUUGCCGAUGGCAAGAAUUAUACCGGCUGGGACCCGGGUUUCCGCUAUCAAAAUCCACCACCAAGCAUCCCAGGCUGGACAGCGAACAAUCCUGAUAUCGGGUUCGUCAGUCCCGACUCGUUAGCCCACCCGGACAUCAUCUGUCACAAAGCGGCCACGCCGGGUCAGGCAUAUGUCGACGUAACCGCGGGUAGCACAUUGACACUUCAGUGGUUCACAUGGCCAGACAGCCAUAAAGGGCCCAUCAUUGACUACCUGGCUGAUUGCGGCACAGCCGGCUGCACUGGAGCCAAGAAGGAAAACCUGAAGUUUGUCAAGAUCCCGUCAACCCUAAAGCCUGGUAACUAUGUGUUACGCCAUGAGAUAAUUGCCCUCCAUCGUGCCUCCAACGUCGGUGGCGCCCAGGCAUACCCGCAGUGUAUCAACCUACACGUCUCGGGUGCCGGAUCUAAGUCCACCAGCGGCGGCGUGCCCGCUACCAAGUUUUACAAAGAGAACGACCCGGGCAUUUUAUUCAAUAUUUACGGCGAGGUUACCAAUUAUCCCGUACCGGGCCCUGGUAACAUUUGGACUGGCGCAUAA